AAUCGAACAGAAUACGUCGCAAUCGUCCCCACAGCAGAAACAUAAAAACUUGCAGCAAAUGCAACCGCACUUGUUGCGCUCUUGUGACAAGCUUCGGGCAAUCCGGGACCUCAUGCUGCGAAUGCGAGAAGCCAUUCUGACACGCGCUAACUAUCAGAGGACUUGUCGUUGUGAACGAGCUGUUAUCUUUGGAGAUGGUACUAGUCGUGGUGGUGCUUCAGAAGCAGAAUCAGAAGAUGGAAAAAAGAUCAAUCCGCGGCAGGAACGUGCACCUCGAACAAACCCCUGUGGAGGUGUUAAGAAACCUCAUGGUGCCUCCGACGCUGGUCACAUCCACGCAAAUCGG